GAGUCUAGUAUCGACAAAACCACACUGCUGUCUGUUUUAGGUCUGAUGGUCUUCAUCUGUUGUCGGUUCACCUGUAAAAUCAGAAAAAGUACAAAGAGUGAGAGUCAUUAAGCUUCAUUUAAGUCAGCUUUACAUGAGACAUUGUUUCCAGUUAUUUCUUAAACUGAAAAUAAGACAGAGUCAGUACAAACAUACUGAAAUGAUGCUAAAGAUAUUGUGUGGUUCCUCUGUGUUAUUGGACAGGUGGCUGAUCCAGCGGUACUUGUCCUCCAUGUUAUUGAGCCACCUCUGCGUGUCUGUUGUGUGUCUGCGGACCAGCAGCAGCCGGUCGUCGUACUGUUCGUGGGAGGCGUUCAGAAGUAAGUGCAUCUCCGCCAUGUCAGCGUGGAGCUGCUGGACGAUGGGACACUCUGUAUGUGGACAUAGUCAUGAGCAUGGUGAGGUGAAGAUAUAAAAAACUGUAUCUAUUCAAGGGUUUUUCUGGUAUUUCUCCAUUAGAUGAAUAAAUGUGCAUGUGCGGGUGAAACAUCUCACAUUUAAUUACCUUUUAACAGGUAUUCCUUGCAUGUCUCACACCAACUUCGCAGCUGGAAGCACUCUGAUGUUUGUCUGCGGAGGCGCCUGCACAGAUGUCUGCUCUGCAUCUGCCCCACAGCAUGAAGUGAUUCUGUAUCUUCAUUCAUAAACAUACAGUGAGAUAUGGUACAGUGCCUGUAUUCAUUUGAAGGGAAUGAACACAAGUGUGGCUGAAAGAGCUGCAGAUACCUCUGUUGGGUAGCUGCGAGUUCUCGUCUUCAACAUCAGCCACUGAGGGGGUGAUGUCGCCCAUCACAUUCCUCCCAAAGUCAUACACUGAGUCAACCAUUUUACCCAGAUUCCCUAAGAAGUCAGGAAUGGAGUCUGCUUGCAUGGUAAAAAGCGGGUUGGGUUGAAAAUCUGCUGUGAAUGCCAACAAAAAGGAUUCCCCAAACACGUGUUGCAUCUUUUUGACCAGAGUGACACUCUGCUCAAACAGAAAGUCAGUUUCGGAAAGCAGCUGGCUGAACGAGGAGUCCUCCUGCUGAAGAUCUGCGUCAUCUUCUGUGAUCUGAGGUUUCUCAGCCAAGUUAGUGUAGCCUACAUUUUCCUCAUCUUGAAAGUAAAAAUAAUCUGUUUCUUCCAGCUGAGCGGCCAGGGUCUUGAAAAACUCCUCCACCUGCAGCAGAGAGACAGAAGGACCAACACAUUAUGAGCUUUACACAUCUUAUCUGGUAAUGAAGGUUUCUCACAGAGAGAAUUACCUUAUAGGAGAAAGAGGUGAAGCCGCGGCGACAUGUAGAGGCAUAAAAGUCCUUACAGGUAUCUUCAAGACAAGGCCGACAUUCAUCAAAUGAAGAUUUGGUUAGAUCUCGACAUUGCCUCUCAACUUCUUCUAGUCUCUGCUCUGUUUCCAGGGCCAGCUGCAUCACCCCCUGAAAGGACCCCAAUAAAGACAGGUCUGUCACACACCCAUUACAUCUAAAUGAAGGCAACAUUAGACGAGGGGCCCUCGCACAAUGCUUGGUCUUUUGCUUCAGAAUUUUAAAACUUGCUGACAGUUAAUUUAUACUGACUGCUGUAAAACUGCGCCACAACUCCCUGAACUAGCUCCACUCCCACACACGCGUUUACUACUGUCUGCUUAGGGGUUUCUCUGUGGGCAGAAAGUAAAUACAACAGCUCUGCAUGUAAUUACAAUCACAGAAACUGUACUCAUACCUUCCUCUUGUCACUGCUUUGUCUCAGGGCGUCCAUAAAAUGCCUGUGCUUCUCCUUUUUCUCUUCCAUCAGCUCCUUCACCUGCUUCACCUCGAGCACCGCUCUCUUAAUUUCCUCAUCAACAAAAUGCUCCCCUGCCGCAGACAGCUCUGCACAAAACCAUUAAAACAAGCUGUCAGCAUGUUCUGCAAGAAAUGUCUGUGAAAACAAGUCGAACUUGGUGUUUUAUUCAUGAGGCGGUACCUCUGACUGUGUCCUCGCUCAGUGGAGGAAAGUCGGCGGCACAGAGGAGGAUCUGAGAGAUGCAGAGAGUGUGAAGAAGCAGCCUCUUCAUCCUGUCUUUAGAUCUGUUACAAAGAGGAGAUCAUACAUGACUGACAUUUGAUAGUGCAUGUAUGAUCAUGUAUGACUAACAGGUAACACCUUAUCCAAGCGAACAUCUGAAGCUUGACAUUUUUCUGACACAAGGUGGCGACAUUUCUCAAACAUUCUCACUUGAAGACGGUUCAAAAUUAACAUUUCAUUAAUUAGCAAAAAAAAUCACAUCAUGCCAAGAGUUUUAACAUAGAAUACGUUUGAUUAAGAGCACUGCAGUCUGAUAUUCUUUAUACCACGCCGUAAAGCUUUGAUUAUUUAAUAUCUGCUCUUAUUUUAUCCAUUGUUUUAGUUGUUUUUUGAUUGUUUUUUAUGUCUGCGCUGUUUUGUCUAUUUAUGUACAGCACUUUGGUCAGCUGUGGUUGUUUUAAAGUGCUUUACAAAUAAAGUUGAGUUGAUUAAAAACACUGAAUCCUUCUGUUCAAUGUCAGUUAACCAGUGUAAAAAAAAAAAAAGGACUCUCAUCUUUGUAGGUGUAAAAGUUGGAGCUAUUUUUCUGUAGGACUCAAACAGAAUGUAAGUCUAUACAUUAAGCAAUAGUAAUACAACAUAUUCAGUCUCUUUGUAUGCGUAUAAAUCAACAAAAUUAGAGGAAAAACUGUGCACUCUAAAAUUUGAACACAUCCCCUACCCAUGUAAAAAAAACAAGACAUCUAAAAUGCAUUUUGCUGCAAACUCUGAAUAACUGUUAACAGAAAACAGAAGCCAAGCAGGUGUUAUAAAACCAAAUAAAAUAAUUGCUGGUAUGCAUUUCAUACCUCCAUCACUUCUCUUACUCCCCUGAAUUGUAAAAGAGUUUAAAUUUUUUACCUGGACUUUAUGACAACAUCCAACUCCAGACGAGAGCACCAAGCUGUGCUGCUGAAGAGACAAGAUUGUGGCGUCUGUUUCCUUUUUAGCUUUGUCCUAUUUUGAUUGAUCUACUCGAGCACAGAUCCUAUUAGAGCGUUGGCAUCAAGCUUUAGAAAACAACCAAGGUGCUAUUUGUGAAUAAUCGAGGCAGGAUGUUUAUGAAGGGUUUCUGUUUAUAGACCAAAGUGGACUUGAAUAGACUGAAUACCUGUUGGGCUUUUCUCGCAGCUGUCAAAGUGUCAUUCACAGAAUUAUUACUGAGUGAAGCAAAUUCAGAAUUGAACUUAAAUUGGCAUUUUCAAGAAUAUUUCAAUCCCUUAUUAAAAAUUGAUAUUAUUCAGCAAAGAUACUUGCUCUACUGCCUUGUCAUCUCCUUAUUUGGACACUUGGGAGAUGUGGUCACGCAAAACAAGACAAUGCUUAUUAUGAAUGGUGACUGUGAAUAUAUGCGAUUCAGAAAAUGAAGACCCAUUCAUUAAAGCCGAUCGCGCCAACAUACUCGAGAGGCCUCCUCAGGUGAAACUUUCUGCUCUAAUCUGCAUCAGACUGACGGUAAGCCUGCCCCCCCUGCAGAGACCUGGCACACACUGGCAUGGGUUCAGACUAAGCUCUGCACUGCAGGCUACAAUUAGAGCAGAGGGAAUGCAUGGAAGUGUGUAGGCGGAAGGGCUUAGAAAUGAAAUUAAAAAUACUAAAAAAAACAGUUUGUUUGCAACUCUGAAUACAAAUAAUGAAGUAUUUGUUGAAGAGGAUUUUGGAUGCGGUUUUUAUUGCUUUGCUUUUCACUCAUUUCCAUUAGACAGGAAAGUCUAUAAAGGAGAUUCUUGAUGGCUGUUUCAGGUUAAUGAUCCAAGCCCCAUUGACCCUGUGCGUACUCUUAAGUGUAGAACAACGAACUAUGUAAAAAGAUAUUUAGAGUGUCCACAAAGCCCACCAUCUCCAAACUGUAAUAUCAAAAUAAAGAUCAAAGUUAAAUCUGACACUGCCUAUAGGGUUGACCAGUUCGGGUUUUAUUGUUCGGUUAUUAGCAGAGAAUUUCAGGAAGCUUCUCGUUUCCUUCACAAAUAACUCUCCCCUGCUGCAUAAGACAAUCUGAGUAGUUCCUAUCCUGAUAUCUAAACAUGGCAGCAGCGUGGUAAAUGUGGAAUUCCUGUGUGCUUUCUCAGCCCCUCUGUUAAUCCGAGCCCAAUGCUGAAAGCCUUGACCCAGCAAAUGAGGUCCCAACCUCUGAAUGAGGACCAGCAGGAGCAGGCCUGCAAGAUACCUGACCCUCAGCUGCUUUUUAUCAGCUUGCCACGAUCUCUAUCGGAGGAAUAAUACCAGCCUGCUGCUCCAAUUAUAGCCGACAGUAAAAUAACAGUUUUGAAGCCUUUAGGAAAACAAGUAAUUAGUCGCUUUAUCAUCUCAGGCUGGUCUGGAGUCUAAUAUGUGCUGGACUGGGUCAAACUUCAGCUAUUAGCUCUGAGCCUGGGUUUGACGGCUGAGUUAUCCAAGGACAGAAGAAAAACAGAGCUCAGUUUAAUUCCAGGAGGGUUUUAGAGCUGAGACGGUUUGUGUUAUCUGUAUCUUUCUCCUGUAAAUCAUCUGGUUUGAGCCAAGUGAGUGUAAACAGAUUAACACUGGGGCCACAUCCCUGCAGAGUAACCCAGUGACACUAACUUACUCUGUGAGGACAUGGAAAUGGUGCUUUCUUGUUCCUUUGAUGUAAUAUGCAGCUGUUUUCCACUCCUUGAUCAGUGAUCUGCAUCUGCAAGCCGGGGAGAUAAUCGACUCAGGAAACGACGAAAUUAUCACAGCACCUGGAGGUAGUUCAAGAGAAAUGGUUAACCUUAGAGACUCUAAUCCUGACAGAUUUUGGUCAGGUCUGUAUGCCAUUGGGACAAUUUCAUGCAACAGAAAUAAUUUUGCAAAAUGUUAUGACUGGUGUUACCUUGUGGGAAAGUACCAGAUAUUGUACCUCAUGGCAAAGCAGUUAUCUGGUUUUCUCUAUUAGACAAACACAAAAAAAAUGCAUAUACUUUUGGUUACAUGACAUUUUCACAAAAUUCAAAUCCUCUUUGAUUCUGAAUAAGCAUUUUUAAUAUGUAAAAUGCAUACUGAUUUUGAGCAUUUUCCAACAACCUAAAAGUUGGAUUAUUCUGCUGUGUUGGCACAUUAUUCAUUCUUGUUAUUUUAUAGAAAAAAAAACAGGAAAAAGUGCUUGGAAACACAAACAUUUUGAGUCUGCACCCCAGGAAUGCAGGGUUGUUGUGAUAAUCCAGCUAAUAAAAUAACCCAAGCCACAUGAUUAACCUACUAUUGAACACCAUUGGGAAGCCAAAUGGCCCUAAAGGACUAUCAUAUGAAUAUGAAAGUAAUUUUUCAUCCUUGGAGGAAAUGAGAUGUGAAGAUACAAAAACACAGGAAUUGCAGUGAAAUGUCGCCGUUUUAACUGUGUCGCUCCACCUCCUCAAACCUUUGAAAUUAUCUGUAAUGGGUACCAGAUUUUCACCCGGGGACGCGAUUGCCAUCAACCCCCUGUAACUUAAUCUCAUCUCCGGCUGGAUUACUGCUGCUCCGCACGGCGUCCUGCGGUCCCGCACCUCCCCUUCCUACAUGGAGGUGGACACACAGCAGGAGAGGACGGAGGACAGUCACUCCGGAGACUUCAAACUCCUCAGUUGGACAGUGGAUUGGUCUUGAGGUAAUAGACGAACCUAAAGUUACACACCAAAGCAGAGAGGAAGUUAGACGAGGUGGAAAACGAGGCAAAUAACCUUCAAAAUAAGAGUAGGAGCCUUAAAGCGCCUUUGCUUCUUAGAUAUGCCCCUUUCACAAUAAACAUUGUAGGAUUGUGUAUAUAAAAAAACAAACACGACAUGUUAACAGAUGAGUCUGAGAGGUAUUUCGUUGAAAAAUAUUCUUUUAUUCAGAUUAUGAUGUGUGUUUGACAGACGAUUGCUGUCUGGGUUGAUUCCGCCGCACCACUUAUGAGAAACAUAGUUUAAGUUGGAAAAGUCCAAGCAGAAUGUUUGCUGGUUAAAACAGAGAAGGUGCAAUAAGAAGUUUAACUUGACUUACCUGUGCCUUUCUGUCUCCACUCCCAGGGUGCGCUGGUAAAGGGUCCAUAAGACAACAAACAGCCAUUUUAAACUGCCGGGAGGGUUCCAACUGGCAGAUUGGUCUGGGGGUGAACAGGGUUAGGGUGCAAUAUUCCUUUGGAGAAAUUAUUGGGAAGAUGCGACUAAGUAAAGUCGUAGUCAUGUACAGUAGUGUAGUCUGGGAUUGUGGCAAGUUUUAUUUUAAAGUUUUGAGGUUUUAAAUGAGUAAAAAUAAAGUUUAGUGUUUGUUGCACCCCUGCAUAUGGUCGCACCUGAUUGGGGAGGUACAUAUGGGAGCAGUUUCUCUCAGUAGGGUUGGUUUGUCAUGUUCAUGAAGUUGUGAUACUGGUAGUUGUGUUCACUGUAAGUAAAUGCCCACUGUGAGUAAUAUGUUGUUUUCCAGUUGUCCUCGGAAGUCGGAAUUUCCGAGCUCCAAGUCAGAAAAUAAUCUGGAGUGCCUCUCUGAAAUCGGAUUUCUGACUCGGAAAGUCGGACGAUCAUCGCCUACUCCGACUCGACAACAGCGUCAUAAUUCAAGAUGGCAGCACAGUGCGUUGACAGUAAAGAGUAACAGUAAAAGCUCUUGAAAUGUAUUAUUUAUUAGCACUUCUGCUUUUUUUUCUGGUGAAAUUAAGUAAGUGGUAUAUGUUGUGCUGCCCAAUGUCUAACUGUGAACAUGAUGCUAUGGUGUUUGUAAGAGGUAACAGCUUACAAUGGCUAACUGUUGGCGUCCAUCUUGGUUUUCUGACUUGUUAACUGGGACGCCGUCAACUCGGAUGUAACGUCAUUCCCAGCUCCGACAUCCGACUUCUGAGGUAACUGGAACGCAGCAACAAUAUCCUAUAAUUAAUAGUGAGUAGAUGAAAUCUGGAGUUUGCUAUUGAGGGGAAAUUCAGAUACAAAAGAGGGCUUCACUCGUCGACGCGACUUCACUUUUACUUUGAAAGUAACACCGGAAGUGCAGCUAGUCUUCGUGUAGCUUUCCAGUGGCAGCAGCAGCAACAGGCAGCACUCCUUCCUCCCACAGCCGAGCACUUCUGGACAAGGCUGAACAUCACAUCACUCCUGCAAAAACACAUCCAGAGAGAAACGAGCAAGUAAACGAAGAAGGAUGGGAUUUUAAACUAAAGUUUCAUCAUGAAGACAAACUUUUAAUACUGUUUUAAUGCGUGUUUGUGGAACGACUUUACUCCUUUGCACUGGAUGCUGAGAUGCGCAGAAAGUGACAGCGGUCCUUAUCAUUUCUACAGUCCUUAAGAGUUAUUGAACGCCAUGAAAGGUAUGUUGUAUCCACUUUAAGAUUUCUAAAUCACUGUUGUUUCCAAAAGACUCAUUAAAAUGUUUACUACAUUCACCCAGCUCGUGCGUGUUUCUUUGUGGUGCGCGAUUCACAUCUGGAUGACAUUACGGUAGUGCGGUGCAGAAGUUGUCAAAUAGUUUGCGUUUUCUUGUUACCUCAACCACUUAGUAACGUCCAAUUAGGGGAUAUAAAAGUUGGAAUAAAGUUUGUGGGAUUACAUUUAGUGCAAGAAGUAGAAUAUUGCAAAGCUUUUGUGUUGAAAAAUUCCAGAUGACGCUUUAUAAAAAUAUUACGGUAAAGAAAAUGUCUUUCAUGACUAGUUAUAAAUGAUGUAAUUUUAUUGUUUUGCGUGUUUUAUUAUCUCUAAUAGCUUGAAACCCACCCAGAAGAGUAGAGAUCUCUAUCGGUAUCAUUAAUAACUGUACAUUUUUGUUUUAUUUAAGAAAGAAAACACUAAAGUAAACUAACCCAGGCUCAUCUAACCCUCUUCUGACCCCCCACCAACUAAAACACACACUGCUCAUCCUUCCCUGUCUCCCCCCCUCACUCCCAUCUGUUUACCAUUACCAGUGAUGCUCUCUGUGAGCUCUGCUCCAGUCUUCGGUGUAGUGCAGCAGAGUGUAAUUAGAGUUUACUGUCAACAACCCAGAGAAACCGCAGCCUGUGGCUUUUACAGUUCUCUGAACCACACAUACACAGAGAGGGAGAGAUGAUGGAGAUAAUACUCCACCAUCUACAACUCCCACUCUGCCAAACACAUCUCACUAUAUUCAUGAAUAACAUUAAGAGGUCUUGCCCUGCUGAGUUUUUUCUGUUUUAUUUUGUUUUGUUGUGUGUUAACUUUUUUUUUUAGAUGCCUUAGCCCUUCUUUAAUGAGUGUGUGACUGAUUUAUGUCAUGUUUCUGUUAUGUUUCACAGACGACUUUGCAGACGAGGAGGAAGUACAGUCUUUUGGAUACAAGAGGUUUGGUGAGUGAAAAGUCUUUACUUUUCCGUCACGGGAGAAAAGCAGGUUCUAAUCAUAAAACUUUUUACUGUUUUGAGAACGAACUGCUCCGAAUUAAAGCCACUAAGUGUGUGGGCUACUUUUCUCUCCUCUGCUGCUACCUACCUUGAUGUAUCUUCUCUCUACAGGCAUCUUGGUGUAAUUGAAAUUUUUUAGUUUACACAAGACAUUUUUUUUAAUGUCAGGACAAUAAGCAGGCUACCAGACUUUCACCCGACCUGGUAUUAGGCUCUGUCCUGGAUCGUUCCGCACAGUUUGAGUUCAUCAUAAAUGUGGCUGACAGUCUGUGAGGUCCAACUUACCGCAAACCCAACAACUGCUGACAUUACUCACCAGAUCAAAAACUCUAACAAUCCAACUUCUCCCUUUUAUCCACUUAAACUAACCCACUGACUCACACAAACAUGCCAUAGGACCUCAAAAAUGAGGAGUCACUUAAUCUGAAAUUGUCCCCAACAUAUUUCUCUCUGUUGUGGCGCUACACAUGCAGACAGACUUCAUAUGUAUUUGGUUUGCAGCAAACAAGCAGCAUAGUUAUGCAACUUAAAGCAUGAAAUCUGGAACUUUUUCAGCAACAUUUUUAGAAAGUUUUCCCAAGUUGUGGAUGAGUGAAGGAAAUCAACACUUUUUUGCUUGGAAGCAGCUAAAUACUAAUGCUGAUGUUUGAUCAUGGCUAAUAAUAUGUUGAUGUAUCUUUAAACACAUAACAUUGGUAUUGAGACAUUUUCUUGUUAAGACUAAUUGAAACUAGGGCUGCACUGAUCACAAUUUUCUGGCCGAUCACCGAUUUGUAAAAGGCUUGACUUGCCAAUACCGAUAUUGGCUUGAUACUUUUUUUUUAUUUUUAUAACUGGACAACAUACACCUUCAAUACUCCAAUCUUAUUUUAAUAAAAAACAAUACUUGUGGAACAAUACAAACCUUUUGUGUUUGUUUUAACUGCACAUGAGGUAGUUCUCUCAAACAUAAAUGAAAAGUUUAGAAUAUUUCUGUCCAAACUGCUAAAUUAUAUCCGUUCCUUUAGUCUUUUAUUUUCCACAUUUUAAAAAUUAACAAUACUUGUGCAACAGGUCACCCUGCAGGCCUGUUUUGACCCUCUUGCCAAAAUAAAGUGCACAGCAGUAUUUUGAUUUUUACAAAUAAAGUAAAUCACAAGGUUUGAGGACAUUAGUAAAAUGAUAAUCUACAGGACAAACUAACAACACAACUUAAACCACCAAUAAAUUGUCCUGAGUUUUAGGUUUCCUUGUCGUGGGUUCAACAUGCUUGGUUGAUCAUGAUCCGGAUAACUGUUGUGCGUGCACACGUGACCUGGUGGGUGGGUCUGUCGUUUUGGCAAAGCAAAAAGCUACAGUGGCUGACUUUCAGACCUUUGCUGAGGUAGAAAAGAUCGGUGGAUAAAAUCGUUUUCAUUUGUAAUGAUCAGCCAAUCACCGAUCCCUCAAAAUUGAGGAAAUCGAAUCAAUCGGCCAGCCGAUUUAUCAGUACAUGUUUCAUUGAAACUAACUUAAAGUUUAUCAAGAAUAAUAAGUGAUUAAUUUUGGAGUAACGUUGGAUGUGUGUCUUGGUAAAGCAAGCUUACUAUAAGUUUGGGGAUCUAUUUCUUUCAUGCCAGGCUAAUAAUCCAUGUAAACAAUGUUCCUUUAACUACGAUACAAGGUUGAGAAAAAAUACACAGAUAUGCUCAAAGUCACAACCUUGUUGCGGCCCUUCACACUUGGCCCCAAUCACCUGAAGCUUUGGCUCCAGAAUAUGCUGAGACUUCACCUGGUGUUCAGUAUUUGUAUUGCAAUUACAAUUUUCAGUUAAAACUAAUUGGAAUAUAUGCUUAAAUAUCUUGUACCUGAUCGAUUUGCAGGAUAAUAUGAGGCAUCUACUGUAUCUUGACACACUGUUUAGACGCGUGCAGGAUCAAAUGUUUGAAGAAACGUUGCCUCUAAAGCAUUAAGGGGACGUUCUUAUACUAAUAGACAUCAGUUUCUCUUUCAUUUAGCAUAUUUAAGAGAGAUCAGUUCCUCUCACUGCCCCUUUUCUGCAGCAAUCAGACUCUCAUCAAGUGUUUGCGUAAGAAUAAAGAAAAGGCUGGAAGCAAUUGCAAAUAAUGUCACUCACUGAAUCACGUCUUUAUUACUCUCCUUCGAGACUCGGCACGUGCUCCAGUCGCCGCUCUCUUGAUUCAUCUUUGUUUGGGAUCAAGAGCCUCUGUGUUUCAUGUAUUCAGGGUGUUGCUGCUGCAUGACUUAUUUCAAUAAAGUUCAGCAGAGGUCCAUGAAAGUGGAUGUAAGGUUACAAAGUACAAACAGAGACGACUUCAAACUGGGUUAAAACACAAUCUCUUUGAUCCAAGUCAUCUGAGUAGAGGCAUCCUGUUUGUCUUUCUCUGUAAACGCUUUUGAGUCCUGCUCAUGGAUUCGAUUAGAGGACUGCAGGGGGAGAAGCCAAGUCCAGCGUACUUUUAACUUUAUUCAAAUGAACUCUUGACAUUCAGAAGAGAGUGCUGCUGAACUCCGAGCAGAGUGUUGUCGAUGCUCUCUGGGACUCAGCAGCUGUUUGGAGGGGCCCAAUCCAAGGGGCCGUCUCUCCCUGCUCUGGAGGUUUUGUUGUGAAAUAGAGCUGCAUUCAUGCAAACUAUCACAAACCCUCAUUCUUCCUCUAUUACCUCUAUAAUAUCAGCACCCUGGGGAAAACAAGCAGUUAUUUCCUCUCCCCGUGUUUUUCUGUAAUUCAUAGUGGUCUCCAAGGAGACUGUUGAAACUCUUGAGAUAAAUCAAAGCUGAGCCCCAAAGAGGAUGAUUUUUCACAGAAACAGCCACACUGUACACUCCAAAGUCCUGCUGGCUUGAAGAAAUUAACAUUUGUAAGAAAUUAUGAUAACAUUUUCCAAGUGUAUGGCUGGAAAAAGCAAAAAUACCAGAGGGCUGGAUAUAACGCCAAAGCAGACUUCACAGUUCAAGAUGAGCCCCUAAAUUUGUUACGUUCCCUAAAGACGGCCUGUAUUAAAAGGGGGUUAUUGACAGUCAAAUGUGAGUUUAUCAGAACAAAAGCUUCAUAAUGUAGUCUCCAAAAUAUAAGACUCUGAAAUUCGUCAUUUCGCAACACUUCAGGUAACCACUUGGUCCAAAUAUUAAUCAAAACAAAAGUAAUAAGGCGCUUGAGCUGAGGAGAAGACACUCCUGUAGAAGGAAAAGUUAGCUCACUGCAGACAGGCAACCACUAGCAUGGCCCUCUGUGGACACAGAGAUCAAUAUCACGAAUAAUUAAACAUCUUACUUUGACCAGGUGACGUGAUUGUGCUCUGAGGGGUGUUACCUUUGGUCGAGGACACUGUUUCACUGUAGUUUGUGGUGCAUUUGACUUCUUUUUUGCUCUGUGUCUCUCUAAAGCCAAAGUCUGUCCAAACAGCAGAGACAGCAUUAUCACUUGAUUCGAGCUGCUGGAGUCGCUCAGCUGGCUCGGUGUUUGAGUUCUUCACUAUGUGGCAGAUAUGAAUGAGGACAAGUCAUGUAACUGCAUAUGCUGUUUUUAUUUUUUUUUCGUGGGGUCAGUAUGUGAAUGCAUAAAGUAGAAAAGUUUUUAAUUGUCAAUUUUGGUUAAUUUGUGAUUAGGCUAAUAUUUGCAGGUCAGCUGUUACACUAUAAUGCACAAGUCAGCUGCUGUUGCUCAACAGGUACUUAUUGAUUGACUUUUACUCACUGAUUAAUAGUUCAAGUGUGAACAGUAGGGGUGGGACAAAAAAUCGAUCAAGCAUAGUAUUGCAAUAUUUUGUCUGGUGAAAUAUCGUAUCGUCUCAUUUACCAAGUAUCGAUUUUUCAAAUUAUUUGCUAAUACGAAGUCAAAUCUAUGAUAAUGGAAAAAUAAAAUCAACUUUUUGUCCAGUGAGGUUGGCAGAAGUGACGUCACAGAGCGGGAAAAAGUUAGUACAACAAAUAUUGUUUGCAAGAUGUGCUACAUGAAAAUAAAAUACUGUGUAAAUAAGACAAACAUAAAGGAAAGCCAAAUGCUAAAUUAGCUUAACAGUUGAAAAUAAUGUAUAAAUCUCAAUUUAUUUGAUCGCAAUACUCACUGUCUCGCAAAAUGUUAAAAAUCACAAUAUUGUAUCGUGGGGCCACUAGUAAUUCCCACCCCUAGUGAACAGAAAAGUCUGACACUGCAAGCUUGUUUUCAUACCUGACUGAAAUAGUUUGAAGUCAGUGUUUGCUUUUGAAAAUGGACUCUGAGCAACAUAAAAAAGGUUGCACAUGGAUUGUAGUUUGUUGAUUUGCUUAAACUGCGCAGAUACUACUGUCUUUUCGUGCUUUAGCUUCACAAAAUACAGGAUGAAGACGUUUUUGGCUCGUGUGCUGCCAAGUUUUCUCUAUGAAACGCAUUAGGAGAGAUAAGGAGCAAUGAAAAACCAUAUGGUCUGAUCUGACUUCAUCUUUAUGGGAGCAUAUUUAUGAGAAUCUCUGAUGACGUCUUGAAUUUCAAACGUUGAUUCGCUUAUCCCAGUUUUGUAAUAUCAUCUGGAUUCGCUGUUGUUCAGCGUCUUUACUGCUUUGGAUGUAAAUCAUCCUCAAAAACAAAACUUGAGAUGACUUCUAGAGUUUCUUAAAGGACAUUUUUCAUUGAAAGGACAACAUAUAACAUGUGCAGGUAACACAUAGUGGGCAUGUGGGUGAGGGUGUUCUGCCGACGUCCAUAAAAUCAGGAAAAAAAAGAGCAUCGUCUGAUUCUCUGUCGUAAAGAAACACUCUCCGGAAGACACGCAAACAUCCCGUUUAUUUACAGAGAUACACUCGCAUAGUUUGUUUUCCGCUGGUUUGUUUAGAAGAGGAAAUACAAAGCUAAAAAGACACACACAGAGUAAAUUCAUAUGGUAAUCCCAUCUCUCUUCCUGCCAGGUUGAAGUGGAGCUUGGCAGGAAUUGCUUUCACAGUACUCGAGGUUCAAUCAUAUUUAUUUUUCUGUGGGGGGUUGACAUAAGAAGGCUGUAAGAAUAAAACAGAAAGCUUUGGCUGAACUCGUAUAGCCUCUCUAGAGCUGGUAUAAUAAUCGGACUUUGGCAGCCGGUAGUCACACUUGGCCACAUUCAAACCAAGGAAUCCUCCAGUUAUGAAAAACUAACCAAACAAUAAAUAUAAGUACAUUAGAUUUUGAGAUUUUGUAAUGUAAUCUGGCUCCACUUUUGUUCAGAUUCUUCAUUGCUUUAUCACAAGAAUCAAUUGGCAGGUUAACAGGAAAUCAAUCAGUGGAAGUUACACUGACCUGAACCAUGAAUGUGGGAUUGUUUCCUGGAGCAGUGGACCAAAACUAACCAUCAAUUCUAGUUAUGAACAUAGAAACAGGUCGUCUGUACGUCUUAAGGUCGAUGUGAAAUUACGAAAUAUUCAGAGGCGAAUUUUGACGUGCCUGACUAUACACAUCAAGCGCGAUACAGUUUUGCGACUUUCCGGGGGGAAAAAAAGGUGCGUUCCGGGUGGAAGCGAGAAGACUGACUCAACAGCAGACUGACUGUUUUUCAGUUCUGAUUAGACUCUAGUGUUCAGAUGUCUGUCUGUCAUGAUAGCAUGUACUGAGUCGGGGCCAGUACCAGAUAAGAACAUUAAACUAUAAUCCAUAAACAUAAGAUAACAAUCGAGACCUAAUGGUGCUGUGACAGCAACGAGAUUGAGUUUGACAGUGAAAAUCCAUAUGGUAUGUUGUAUCUGAACAGGUUAGCUUACGAGCUAAAGUUACUUAGCACAGAUGAAAGUUAAAACAAAGACGUUUAACAAACUGUUAAAGCACACAAACCAUCGUCAUAUGAGAAAUCCGACGCUAUGACUCUCCACAAGUUGUCCUUCAGGUCGUUUUCUUUGUAAUAUUUGUGCUUUUUAUUAAAAAGCACUCUGUUCUCCGACACAUAAACAAUCAGCCGGUCGGCCAUGUGGGGUAUACCGGUGAACCCGAAAUCUGAUUGAUCAGAAGCGGACAUGCAGUAUGCCAAACUUAAGAAAAUUCGACCGUGAUACGAAAAAAUAAAUGCCGCAAUAUCACAGGACGGGAAAAUGUUGCCGAUGUGAACGCUUGUAUUGACAGGAUAUGCGUUCGAAUAAUUGCAUGAAAAAAACGCUCAAUCAAACGCUCAAUGAUCAAAUUUCACUGUUCACUUAGCCUCUUUCAAAACCAGUUUGCCCCAAACUUCUCAACAUGAUUCUGAUGCAGGUACGCCGCACGAAAUGAUAGAUUUCUACCACACAUCAGGUCAUGUUGAAGGUUUUACCUCUUCCACUAGAAAGCUCAAAAGUAAUUGAAAAAAGAUCUUUUUAAGACCACAGAGAGACUCACUUAGUGGCAUUUCCAUGUACUGGCUGUUCUCUCUGUUGAGGCGUAAAAGUUUUUCACUGGAUUUGCAUGUUGGAGUCAGAUCCACUCAUGAAAUAACAAAGCCUUGAUGGCUCCAUGUAGCCGGUCCUCUUGGGGAUCACUGAUGUCUGAAUUGGGGUCUUACUCCCUCUGCUGCCCCUUCUCCUGUUCCCACACAUGUGGGUUUGAAGAGGCCGCACUCGGGAGGUUUGCGGCCGGUGUGGAGCCCAGAGUGCACUGAUCUAUUUCCUGCACUUGUUAUGGUUUCUAUGGUAAAGCCCAGAACAUUCCUGGAGUCGAGCAUGGUGUUGGGCCGUCUGCGUCCAGGACCAGCUGUGUCAGCACAGCCGGGCUUCGGUUCAGUCUGAUGGGCUUCUCUGGUAAAAGCAUUCCCUGGCUUCACAACCGGCUUCAGCUGUAGUCUUAAUGGCACCUCACCCACCACCUCAUCCAUCCUGAUUAACAUGGAAUCAACCAGGGUUAUGCUGACAUUAGUAUUCAGCUUCUCUCAGACCCUGACAUAUUUAAUUCAUGCUGUCAUGUGAGACUUUGCAGCAUGUAAUUCAAAAUGUCUGAUGAGGAUUUUUAUGCACUUUGCUGUGGUUUCUGGGACUUUUCUGCAGUAUUGUCUUGUGGUUUCUCAGAUACUGUCUCUAAGUUCUUUCCAACAAUGCCUCGGUACAUUUUGAUCUCUUUAUACUUUUGCAAAGUGUAGAAAGCAUUUUUUCGCUGUCUGCAAAACCGCUGUCAGAAGUUUCCAUUUGCUUUGAGACUUCACAGCCAGUUCGCCUUUGUACUGUAGCUGCACUUAUUCUGUGUGGGAGAUAUUCGUCUUCUUUAUUGACUUUUCUCUUCUCGUACUUGCUAAUAUCGACGUUUCCUUUCAUGUGAUUCAUAAAGUCUGUCAGAUCACAAGUCUUAUGUCUAGUUGUGGUUGUGCGAUCGAGUCCUGGUCUCUGGAUGCUUUGGGAGAGAGAGAGCAGGGAAAGAGAUGAACCAGUGUUUCCAAGGCUGUCCAAUCAAUUACCGAUCUUCGCAGUUCAAAGUAAACGUGUUUACACCCUGGUUCAAAAAACCAUCACACUUCAUGGGGGUCAGUUAGAAAAAACACAUUUUUUUUAGCAAGGAGGCUAAUUGACCACCUUAACUCAACCUCUUCGCCUCAGGUUGACCAAAAGUUAGGCUGACUCAGCUUUUCGAAUAGGGCUGGGUGAUAAACUGAAAAUUCACAGAUACCGAAAUCUACAACAAGAACCAACAUAAUUUUGCCCAUAUCAAUAUAUUCGUUGUCAAAAAAAUAAAUAAAAGUUGUUUUUGGAUGUGUGUAGGUAGGCUAUGGUCUCAUGUCUCUUUAAAGGGAUAUUCCAGCGUAAAAUUAAUUUAGGGUCAAAUACAAUGUCACACUGAGUCAGAAGCGCUUGCUUCUCUAGUUACACCAACUUUAGUAACGACCGCACGAUAGCAAUACACAGCGGUCUGAGGAGCCAUAAACAAACCUCGAAGUAGACGUAGUCAAAGUGGGAGGGAGUGAGCAGCUUGUGGAGUAGUUAUCGUCCAUUUAUUGUUAUCGGGGUGAACUGCUCAAUAUAUCGAUAUUGAUAUUGAUUUGAGGCCGUAUCGCCCAGCCCUAUUUCCAAUAUGGUGACCACCACAGAUCGGCUUCAAAACUACACAACUAUAUCCAUGCUCUUUACAGUCUUCAGUUACAACAGUCGCCUCUCUAAUUGGCACCAAAAGUGAGUUAAAGUCAAUCAAUUGUUGCACGUUAGUAUUUCUGAUACACUGAAAUAAAGCUUACGUUUAAGAGAAAAGUGCUGUGUAACAUUACACAUUACAAAAUUUAGACUUGAAAGUCACCACACAUAAUUUAAACUUAAGAUACUGAGGUCCUGACACAGCUUGAUACCCGUGAAGCUGAAAAAAAAAAGAAGUUUGAGUUACUUUGAAGAGUAUCACAGCGAUUUUCUCAUGUCGAAACGAGCUCUAGUGGAAACAGAGACACAGCGGGUGAAACACCUGCUACAGAGAGGAGACAGAGACGGAGAAACUCUCACUGCAGUCAGCUGCAGAAACAAGGCAGACUUGCAAUAAAAUACAAGGUUUGUCUGACUUUUAGGGGCUGGUGUCUGGCAAAAAUUAGGGAGUAUGAAUUCCCUUCUGGGUUAGCCAUCACUGCUGUCAUGUGUUUUAUUCAUAACCUUCAUAGUGAAAUCAUUAGUGUUGAAUUUAUAUAACUUUUGCCACAUCAUUAUAAAUUCUCAGCAUAAAAGUUGAGCUAUUUUGAACCAGUUGAGCUAUACCUUUUUUUUGAAAAAUCAUGGCUUUUCAGUAAAAAUUGUUAGUUUUCUUAAUUGGGAAGAGAGAGGAUCAAAGUAUGAGGAGACAGAACACAUUAUACCCCCCGAGUAAGUCGUGAACAAAAAAGCUCCUCACACAGUUUCUCAUGCCGAGCUACAGAGGGAGAAGACAGAUCAUGUAAAUAACUUGUAGCAGGUUGUUAAAACCAAAGCCUCCGUGGUGUAAACACAAAGAUGAUGUACAUACCAGGGAUGAGGGAUUUCCUCGUAUCUGGUUUUUUGGAGACUCUCACACUCCCAGACAGACGGGAGGACAGAUAACACCAACAUACAGAAUGAGCCUGAAGAGCAGGGGGUGCUGGGCAGGAGGGUAUUUCAUCCCAGGAGACAAGGGAGGGAGUGAAAAGGAAGUGGGAGAAGGUGGAGGAGACACAGCCGGUUGUAGAAGAGGAGUAGAAAGUGGGCUGAUGGGUAUGGAGAGGCAUGAGAGGAGCUCUUUGUAAGGAGGAGAUAAGGUGUGUGUGAUUCAAACUACACACCUUUUAAUGACACAAGAGCAUGUGGACCUACAUGUUUAGUUAAAAAACGAUGAGUUGAAGCGCAGCAGCCUUUCAGACUCCGCUCUCAGAUACUUAGACAUCUUCUUAUCUCUGCUAUAAGUCAACACUGUCAAUGUGGAAUCCCACGGGACGGUCCGAUGUGAGGAAGGGCAGCCAAAUGGAGAAAUGGCAGCAGAUCAUAGAAGAAUUUUAUGAGCAUAUCCGCUUUUUUUGUGCUCUUCUCUUUUGAACAGCAUGGUCUGGGAUACUGGAGGCAGAGCUGGAAAGAAGUAAAAUACAUGAACACACAUGCUACGAUUCAAGCUCCUCAUAUUGAAGAGUAAAACAAGUGCAGGAGUGUUUGUUUUGUAAAAUGCAUUGCAGACAUUUUCCAAUCUGUACAAUAAUGCUGAAGGCUUCGAUAAUCAAUAUGUCAUGGAUAAACAAAGACUACAAAAAUACGACAUAUUUGCAUUCAGCUCCUAAAGCCAGAGAUAUAUCUGCUGUUAACUCCACACAUGAGUGCAUGAUGGCCGCCACAUGUCUCUGGCAUUGGUUCAGUCAGUGCGUUUACAUGCACAGCUUAAUCGGACGAAGCUCAUAAUUCGUUUUUUCACCGAAUCAGACUUCUCUCCUUGUCCGCGUAUCCAUGCAGCUGAGAAAGUUGAAUUAUUGAUGUGAACGUGUCCUCCUCCCCAAAACUAGGGGGGAUAUGAGUCUUUUUAGCAGCGCUGUUUUCGACCCCAUACAACCGUCAACAACAACAGCAGGUCCGUGACUUCAGAAGUGGCUACGACUGCUGCUUGGCAUUUUCGAGCAAGAAGAUGGAGCAUCGUACAGAGCUGUUUUUGUCAUACAUGAUGUACUCGCUACUUUUUCUGCGGAUGAGAUGCACGCUACUCUUCUUACGCUGGUUUUAUGGUACAGAAAAUCAAAUUCCAGUUGCAUUAUCUUCGUCGGAGUUCCCAAUUAUAGUCAGAUUAAGGUGUUUACAUCCACUUCAGUUGUCCAGUCUUAAUCUGAGUAAGGCAAUAAUUCGGUUUUCUCAAGUGUCAUGUAAACGUACUGACUGAGUCGGCUGUGCAUAAACUUUAGGGCUGUCCCAAUACGAUAUUGAUAUCAGAUAUUAGCCUGAUAUCAGCCAAAAACCAAAUAUUGGGUUAUAUCGGCCUGCAUCUAAAAUUUCCGAUAUCAGCACUCCGAUACAAGUAGUCCAUUCCAGAUUCCGCUCCAGCACCUCUAUCUAGCAGCGUCUAUCUAUCUAGCACCAUGUGAUCACAGCAACCAUGUGUGCUAAGGUAGCAAGGAUUAGGAGUGAUGUCGGCCCUGUGGCAGUAUUUUUCGUUAAAGUCCGAAAAAGACAUCGCAGCUGACUGCAAAACCUGUCAUGCACAAGUUUGUGUUAAUAUCGGAUCUAUAUUGGUAGUAGCCGAUACUGAAGGCUACAAUAUUGGUAUUAGAUCAGAAGUAAUGCAAAUUUGAAGCAACUAGCAGUCCAAGUAAAGAGACCAUCUAAUUGAUCAUCAGUUGAAGCAGAAAUCUACCUCUGAUAUUGUUUACUUUCCCGGUCUGUGGAUUUAAUCAGUUUUCCGUGGCUUGGACAUGUUAAAUAAGUACGCUGAUACCUGUGUGCUUUAAUGAUUUGAGCAGAGGUAGAGUAACCAAGGCUAAGUUUCAUUGUGUUUUAGGAUCACUGUCAGUUCUGUAAACUUUUUUAUUCAUGCUCUCCACCCCCGCCUUCCUUCCCUCUCUCUGUUACACCUUCAUUAGACCGAAUAAAACAGCGGUAACAUGACCCUGGGCGAUAGAUGUGAAGAGCAGGCGUCUUUUGGUGAUGUUUUUGCCAGAGCACCACAUGUGCAGGUGGUUAGCUGCUAUUUUCAAUCUCGCCUGUGAUCAUCCGAGUGUCGGUGACUUGUCCGACUCACCUUUAAGAGUGAGGGAAAGCAGCAAAGCCCAUCACAGUCCCCCUCUAGCUCUCUCACAUAAUAGCUCUGGUGUCCUUGAUAUGACCCACAUGCAGAUGUCAGGGGAGGGUUUUCUGGAGUUCAGUGCGGCCUCUAUUUAAGUGCCUUUAAGGGGGUGUUUAAACAGAGGAUCUGAGUCAUUCAUUUAGAAAUUAAAUUAAAGAAUAGCAGAGCACAGAGAAGGUCCUCCAAGACACCUGUGUUCCUGAAAGGCCUCCUGUGAAAACACGUGCAGCUCUUUGUUCUGCAGGGUUCAAGCUAGCACAUUUAUAUCUACAUCCCCUCCUGUGUAUGACUGCCGUACAAUAACAGUAACACACACAACAUCACACUUUUGUAACACAAACUAAAAACUUUUAUUUAUGUGAGUCACAGAGAGCUCUCCAGCACCUCCGGCAGCAGAGCACACAGGCACACUUUUACGAUGAAUUAGGGGAUUCUAAUUUUUCCCCUUUUAGUGUUAGUUAUAAAACCUCCUAAAUCUGUUUUUUAACAGUCCAGCGUGUUAAUGAAAGGGGGAAAAAUGAGUGAGGCCUUCGCCAAAGUCAACAUACUGCUUCCUGGUUUGCAAAAGGGAGUUGAAGCGUAGAGGACCAGCGCUCAGCUCCAGAGUUUGUCUCCAAAACUCUGUCAGAUUCGUAAUGACUAUCACAUUUUCCAUGUGUGGUAAAGACUGAACUAAAUUCAUUUUGUGGCACCUUUCCAAGCUUUUCAUCCAUACAUAUGGUUUAUUGAUACAUAAAAAAUUAAAGAGGUCAUGUUUUUUUCUUCUGUUCGCUCAGAAAUAACACAUAUGUUUAGAUUUGAAUAUACAGAAUACGAUACACGCAUUAAUAAUUGUCUUCAUUCAAAGGCUCUAUAUGUUCAGUCCUUUCAGCACCCAUGUGGUACAGAAAUAUAAGUGCCUGUAAUGACCUCAGAAAGUAUGUUUUUUAAGUUGUGUUUGUGUGUGUGUGAAGAUAAACUCAAGCAGAUACAGCAAUCAGUGUAAAGUAUCAAUAUCAGCAAAUACCCUGUUGAUAAAUGUCAGCACUGGUUGCAGUAGCUAACAUAGUGUACGUAUCUGUCAGCAGGAUUUAAUUUAAGCCCCAUGUAGUGGUUUUAUAUUAUAUACUUUUCAGUUUUUGGCUGAUGAUUUGGCUCCUUGGCUCUUGCAGAGUCAGCUCGUAGCUCUUUGGAGCUAAUUGGAGGCAGGGUUCCUACACAGUUGGUAUUUCCAUACUUUUCCAUACCCGACUUUUUAGAAUUAUUUUUGGAACGACCUAAUUUUCUAUUUUAGAAAACAGUAUUUAAAACUGUGGUAAUAUAGUCUGUUAACAUAAAUAUUUUUCCAUAUUUUAUUUUUCAUUUACCAUCCUUUUUAAGACCUGGAAAUUGAUCAAAUUACUUCCAUAGUUUUCUAUACUUCCCAUACUCGUGUAGGAAACCUGUGGAGGUAACAACCCAUGCAUCUCCAGAUAAAUACAAAAAUUGAGAUUAUAAAGCAGUGUUAACAGUGUCCUAACAGCGUUAAACUUGGUAAAAGAUGAAAUCUUCAAAAAGUAAUCUUAAGAAUAAUUCUGAUAUUUUCAAUUAUUCUCCCAAGUUUCAGUUUAUGGAACAAAAUUUGCUUGUUCUAGAUUGUUAAUGUAAACAUCACCUGUUCUUAAAGCUACUGUAAGGAGUUUUCCACAUUUUUUGAAAUAGACUGAAAUUCAGACUGAUACAUUUUUAUAAUAACCAAAAUGACACAAGACCACAAGGAUCUGGAUUGACAAUUUGUUUAUUGAUAUUUUUAAGGCCUGAAACUGGUGUCAGGGGGUAGGUGUCAGCCGAGCAGCUAAAUUAACAAUUUGGCUGUUUUUACAAUUUCUACAGCAAAUAUCAACAACCAGUAAUACAUUUUAAUUGUCAAAAUUCAUCAGCAUGAGAUUUAAAAAAUACAACUGAAGCAUUUAGAAGACAAAAUAAGAGAAGACUGCAUUGUCCAGAGGGGGCCCUAAAAUAUACAUGAAGCAAAAGUUCCUUACAGGAGCUUUAAAUGAAGAUUUUAAAGCAGUCAGUCUCAGUACAGCACAUGUUGCUGAAAAACCUGCGCAGACGUAACAGUCUGAUAUGAAAUUGUUUUGCUGUAAUCAGAUCUCCCAGUCAGAAGUAAUAAAACGAUGAUUUUGCUCCCUGAUGACGUCAGCGCAGCACGGGUUAAGCUCUUCCUCCCUCUGGAGAGAAGUUUCUCCUCCCAGAACUUUGUCCGAAUUAGCCAACACAAACAGCAGAGUCUUUUAAUGCAAUUGUCUGGUGUUGAUUACCGCUUUCAGUGAGUGGUAUCGCCUCCGUUUAAUUUUCUACCCAGAUGUCAGACAGCUCCUCCCGAGCCUUGAUUCUUCAUCUUGACUGCAGGCUGCUCUGAGGUAGAAGAGCAUGUCACACUGGCGUCUGGAGAGGAUCCGUCUGAACAGAUUUUGGCAGAAGGACUUCCUCUUCUUCCUGACCAGCGGUGAGAGGAAGACGGCUCGUUGUCAUUCAAACUGACAGACCACACCUCCGCAUUUGACCGCAGACGUGGCAGGCCACCCAGAAGGGACUCCAACACCCAUGAUGCUACAAAACAGAGAGGAUUUCCAUUGUUAACCACCUCAGAGAACAUCACUUUGCUCUAAAACCUGUUCUCUUUGUACUUUGUCUUGCUGACUUUGGAUGAGUUGAGUUCAUGUGGUUUUCUUUCAUUUUUCAACUCAUCUGAGUGAUCAUAACUUUUCUGAAUUUUCCAUGCUCCUUUUAAGAGUCUGUCUAUUUUCAGAGUUCUUCUUCACGACAAGCUUUAAGUUAUUUGUAUAGUAAAAAAUAGAUUUGUUACAACAUUACAUGACCAAAAAGAAGAAGCAGUUUUAUCCUCCAUACAUGCAGACAUUUCCAAAGAACAGGCCCAAAACCAUCCAACCACCUGAGAGAUGACAAACCACAGUCUUAUUCACAUUUUCAACCCUUCAUGUUCGCUCAAGGCCGCUGUUUAAUGAUAGAGCUUCUUAUUACGCGCAAACCCUAAAUCACAAUGUGGCUUGCUCCACAGUGACCAUAAUGUUAUACCGACAUUGCCCACAAGUGACACCAGAGCAGGAACCCUCAAGUCAGUCAGAAAACGUCAGCCCGGAGCACAAAAGCGUGGUUCUUCGGUUUAGAUCUGUCCUCUGUCCACAUGGCGGAGUUCAGGACUGAUGUGGCUAAUGUGGUGAUGAGUUUGGCUGAAGUUGGCGUGGUCUCUAAAAACCCCGUCCGACUGAGGCUUUCCCCAAAAGGUUUUCUUGAAGUAUCCCAAAAAUCUGCACAGCUCUUGAAAACCUCCCUGGUUUGGUCUGACAGCACAUAAAAUCAUAUUGAGCAGCAACUGAUCGGAUUUAUCGUCCCUGUAACUUUCAAAGUCUGUGGCAUUUUCUUUUUCAUAUUUAAGUCUUUAACACUGUUAUAACUCACUCCAUUUAGUCAAGUCUUUACAUCAUACACCAUCUUUAAUUCUCCUCUGUCACCUCUGUCCUAUGAUAUGAUUAGAGUCAGUCCACCUUGGUCUAUGAUUGAGAUAUUAUCAGUUGUCAUAGCGAUGGUCUGAUAUCAAGAAAUAGCAGGUUAUUCCUAUUAUGGAACAAUCUGCAUCUAGUGCCAAACACAGCUGUGUAAUCCAAUGAGUGGUUUUCAUGUCCAAACAGUGCAUGGCUAAAUACUGAAUCAGUUAAAGGGAUAUUCCAGCAUAAAAUUUAUUUAAGGUUAAACACACCAUAACACUGAGUUAGACACCCCCUUGAGGGAUGAAUGUUAUCGACCGCUUGCUUCUCUAGUUAUACCAACUUUAGUAACGACCGUACGAUAGCAAUACACAGUAGUCUGAGGAGCCACAAACAAACCUCAACCAAAACGCCACUCUAUAGCCACAAAUAAUGCUCAGAACAGCACCUAACUUCAUCAACAGGACAUAUAGGGUCCCAGCCACAGCACUAGCCACCAAACAUCUUUUUAACUUUGCCUAAUUUCUUUCGCAAAGAGACUAAACACAACUCACCUACUCUCUUCCAGCAGCCACUUGUUUGUAGUGGGACCUUAGGCCAGUCAAUUACGGACUACAGCGGGGUGACGCAGCUCAAGGAAGAACAUUAUAAUUUCUUCAUAGAAAUGCAAUCAGACUGAGAUGCUAAGGCAGAAGAACUACCACGUCUGCAGUGCAAAAUGAUUAAUAUGAUGAUUAUUACUUCAAGGAAGCAGCAGUCGGCAACAUUCAUCUCUCAAGGGGGUGUCUAACUUGGUGUUUGAGCCUAAAUUUAUCUUACGCUGGACUAUCCCUUUAAUGCUGUACAGUUAAAGCAAGUGUGUCAUGUUUUAUUUAUUGGCUGACAUCUUAAGUUAGUUCUGUAGUGGUUUAUAGUCUUGUGGCUCUGGUGGUUUUUGGACUUUUUUCUCAAACACAAAGAGAUAGAUUUUAUGUCCCUUGAACAACAUUUUGUGGUUUAUUAUCUCAGCUGCUCAUCUGAGGGAAAACUUAAAAUUGUUUGUUUUAUUUUUGGUUUUCUCCGACUGGCGACAUUUAGCUGUUUGUUUUUCUUUGAAGCACUUUGCCGGGGUCUGGAGGUCUUUGUAGUGGUUUACAGAUUUUGACUGGCACCUGAAACAACCAGCAGGAGACCUUACCCAGGAGUGUAGACAUCAAUCAGGUCAGGUUUGUGUGACAGGAACUGAAAUUUUCGCAGAUUUGACUCUGAAGGAAAGUUCUUGAAAGAAAAUUUGAGAAUUGUAGUUUUUCUUGUUUGCGCUGGGACGGGAAAUGAUCAAAACUCAUCUUUGGUACUUUUAUUUUGAUUCUUCGCACUUGGUGAUCUUUUUCUCCAGUUGACUGGCAGCUGAUUGAAGACAAACAACCUUUGAACUUGUUUUUCAUUGGAUAAGGUUUUUCUUGUUGUUUAUCUUUUCUCCUGCGCUCCUUCAUUCCCACUUUGAACUCUCGUCUUCUUUUUGCUGAUGGUUUUCUAUUUCCUUCAAAGUUGAGCACAGGCAGGCUAUCAAAUUCUGGAUGCUAAUGUGAUGGUCAUUAGCCAGCGGGCCACACACACACACAAACACACACACACAUACAGAGAAAGAAGAAGCACAACUUCACAAGAGAGCUACACUUCUAGGUUGUGCUUAAGCUCCGAUGUUUUGCUUUGUAACUAAAACCCGAGUUGCUCCACGGGCCCCAAAUCUCCUAGCUGAGUGGGUCCAUUCCCGCUCCCCACUCCAUUGUUGAUGUACUUUACUGGAAAGACGACCUGUUUGUGUAACUACACCGAGCGCUGAGUCUGUGCAGAGCCAAGCGGGGCCUCUGGGAUGUUGGGAGGGGGCAGGGCUGCAUGUAGGGAGAGGUUGUGGAUGCUGCCGCCGCCGCCCGCAUGCCUAUCCUACCGCAGCUCAUCUGAAAACCAUUUUAAAGUGUUUAUUUCCCCACCUUUAACAUCAGAUGGUGAGACACCAUUAUGGUUAGAUGUGCAGUGGGCAGUUCAGCAGCUUUUUUUUCUGUGGAUGUGGUUAUUUGCAAUGUGAAAAAUGUCCAGUAUCUUUUUUCUUCUGGCCAAGAAAAUGCAGAAAAGACGCAUUUAUAGUCAACUAUUUCAUGAGGAUUUCGCUUCCUAAAAUUAAUCAAAAAUAUUAAGGGGUUUUUUUUGGCCAUUUUUGCCUUAGGUCAGCUGAAGAGAGACAGGAAAUGUGGUGAGUAGAGAGUAGAGAAGAAUCAAAUCAGCAACUGCCACAAGGAGGACAAAAGCCAUACGGGGAGCUCAGACCUGUUGGCCAUUAGGAUCCCCUUAACAAGUCCUUUUUAAAGUUUCUUGACUUACUUGAAAAAAGCUAUAAAAUGGUGGAGGAUUCUCCAUCUAUCAAUCCCGUUCAUUUCCCUGGUGGUGGAGACCAAAAGCAGAGCUAACAGAAUGGGAAACUUCAUGGCUGUUAAUGCAUGCUAACGCUCUUCCUUGUAAAUUUAACAUGUGAAUGAGCAACUACAACACUUUUAACAGUAAAAACUUUAUGAGGUGAUAAUGUCAGCUCUACCACAAUGUCAACAAAACACAUUAAGCCUUAAACAUGUCAUGCAUGAGUUUUUCCAGGACUGUGUUGCAUCUCUCUUUGCAGUUGUUGCAGUUGUUGAUAAAUCGCCCCCCUCCAAACACAGAGAUGUUUAGUCACUAAAAAUUACAUGCUACACAAAGAUUAGCUCACAUUCAGGUUUCUGCACUCUUACUCCAAAUUAUAACUCCUUUUACGGCACAAAACUCUAAUUUCUUUCUUUCUAAAUGCAUGUCUAGUGCAACUCGUAAACUUGUAGCUGCAUCAAAGAGGAUGUGACACACAAGAAUAAGAUGUUUAUGUGGAAAAAAGUCCUGAUUCGCUCCCCCACAGAGAGGCGGCAGACAGUUGGAGCCUGAGAGAGCUGCUGGAUGCUGCAAUCUUGGUUGCCUCAUAAUCUGACAAUGCCUUUUGUUGGACGUGUUACAGAGUUCAAUCAGAGAUACCCUGUCAAGAAGGGUCCUGAUUUUCUUUUCCCAUUCCCGGUUUUACAUGAACAGUCUGGCCCGUGUCACAGUCCCUGAGAGGUUCUGGGCUCACUGUGGGUGAUGUGACGGGGGUUAUUGGCUUUUAAAGUUCACCCGUCACUGCUUCCGCUCCGUCUCCCACAACAUUAAAUCCUGCUUCGUCCCUGUUCCCCCAUCCUUUCUCACUUCUCUUGCAACUGAGCGUUGGCUUUGUCCUACCUGUCCUCACCUCUCUUUUCACACCUCCUUUGCUAGCUCAUAACCUCCUGAGCAUCAUGCCUGUCCGUCUCAUGUGAUGGAGGCGUCGUAUGGUUUCCAUCACUUGUAAUAAAAAAGAUGGAGCCUAAAUCAGGCCACACACGUAGACACCGGGAUGGUGUCGGUUUCCAGCAGAGCCCCCAGAGCCAUCCCAUGAACUCAAAACCCCGUGGCCUUAAUUCUGGCUUCCUCUGCUUGCGUCAUUGGCAGGUACAGCCUGAAAGUGAGCGCAGUGGGCAUGUCGUAGGAUGGAGUCAAUUCUCUGAGCUGUUAAAUAGUCAGUUAUGAGGUGAGGUAACAAAGCAGCCAGGACCUCCACUGUGAGAGAAAGAGCUUUGUGCUUUGGCUGCGGAUCGUGCUCAGUGUGUCCUUCCUGUAAAUCCACUGUGAGGAAUUUUUAACUACCUGCAAAACAAACUAAAUUUAUUCCUGACGUCUUCAUACAAUCUGCAAAAGCACAAUAUUGGCGCAUAGUUUAAAGUCCCACUCUGAUCGUUUUUUUACUACUUGAAGUGGUCUUUAAAUCGUGAUAAAGUUUUUAGCCAAAAUUGCAUUACCUGUGUCAUUUUCUAGGAUUUUUCUUCUGCAGAGCUCAAGUAGAUCAUUAGCAAUUCGCCUCUGAGUCGUGGGUGGAGACAGUGCUGCUCUGCACACCCCUCUUCACGCUAGCUAGUAGCCUAACAUUGCCAGUUUAGUAGAAGCAGCAGGCAACAUAGGAGCUAGGGGCAUAAUGAAAGCCAAUGUCAUAAUUAACCUUUUGACGAACAUUGCAGUCCGCUAACGGACACGCUUGUUCCGCGAUUGUCCUCUCUAUUUCUUUGAGUCUGGCCUACAUAGCAGAGCUCCAGGGGCGGAGCUUGGAGUUGUGAGGUAGGAAAUCUCACUCUUUCUGAGUCUGCCAGAGAUUCACAGCAAUUUAAAUACAGAAACACUCAGAAAUAUGAUAUGAUGUGGUUAUGAUAUGUCCUGUACCAUCAGAAAAAUGCCAUAUGAACAUGUAAAAAACAUGAUUUUUAUCAGAGUGGGUCUUUUAAGUUAAUGCAGGCCAUGAAGUCCAGCUCACACCACGCUACACUAGCUGCUCCCAAUACCAUGUUGGAUGAGCACAGCAUAUGUCAAAAUAGGCCCUCUGUUUGGACCCCUUCUCUUACAGCUCUCUACAAACCAUUUUGACCCCAGAUCCUUUUUUUAUGCUGUCUUCUAAAUUUGGCACCAAUGCUUGCCUUGUUUUGUUUCCUUAAGUCUUUGCUGUUGCUCUCCCUGCCUUGGUUUUCCAUGCACGAGCCUGAAACAAAGGAGAGAUGUGAUAACAAGCUGAAAGAGUCAGUGGAGGCAGAUGUACUUUUGUCAACCAACUUUUCUAUUUACGUUCUAGUAAAUAAGAAGUCUUUUGGAUUAAAAAAAAAAAAGUACUAAUUGGAUGGAAAGGACAUUUUUCCAGUCAAGGUUGCUGCUUUUGAAGUCACUGAAAGUUUCUGAUUUUUUCCAACACUGAAAGACACAAACCAGGACUCUUAGUUAGACACACACUUGGGCACACACACUAUAACAGCUCAUGAUCCAGUGCAGACCACCUCACCCUACCAUUGAGGAAAGCCGAGUGGAGUAUGAGUCAUUCAUUGAACCAUCAUCUCCCUCCUGACUGUAAAGCACAUGUUCUUGGAGUACAGUGUUAAAGGAUCUCGUAAAAUCGCUUAUUUCUGUUUGGGUAAUGAGAGACAGACGGCAGGAAAGAUGUUUGCUUUUCUAAAUAACUGCCGAAAACAAACAGUAAAGGCACGUAAUGAAAACAGUGGAGUCCACAAUCAGCAGAGAGGGCUGUCUUUGUGGUGUUGUGUAACGCGUUCGCUUAACCGCAGGAGAAGUACAGUUUAGAGGUAUUUAAGAUCACUUUAGUUUGUGUUGUUGUUGUUGUUGUGUGUUGAGUAUCUUUUCAAACUCUUGUGACAAACUCUGUGUUAAUGUCGCUCUUAGUGUCACAGAAGCAGAACUUGUUGCUGAUAGUCUCGUCUGUGAUUUUGUCUUUAUUUGAUCGCUGACAGACAGGUAAUGUGGCAGAGAGGGAGGGGGAUAUGCAUCAUGGAGUCAUGACCAGAAAUCGAAAAAGAAAAGAAGCCUUUGUCUCUUUAUUUUCUUCUUAUUUUCUUUCUUUCUUUCCUUGUGUAUGUCUUUUUUUAUUUCUUUCAUCCUUUUGUCUUUCAUUGACUUGCUUUCUAUUUCUGUUUUUCUAUUUGUAAUUUGAUUUCUGUUCUUUCUUUCUUUCUUUCAUUGACUUUCUCUGUCUGUUUUUCUAUUGGUCUGAAUUCCCUUUUCUUUUUUUCCAUUCUAUUUUCAUUUUUUCUCCAUUUCUUUUUCUUUCUUUCUUUCCUUCUUUCUCCCUUCCUUUUUUCGUUUUUUCUUUCUUCCUUCUUUCUUUCUUUCUUUCUUUCUUUCUUUCUUUCAUUCUUUCACUUUCUCUCUCUCUCACUUCUUCUUUCUUUCUUUUUUCUUCCUUUCAUUCUUUCUCCCUUCCUUUUUCUUUCCUUCUUUCUUCGUCUUUAUUUUUUCCUUAUUCCUUUUGUCUUUAUUUCUUUUUCUUUCUGUUACUUUUUUGUUUUUCUCUUCCUCUCUUUCUUCUUCCUCUUUUCUUCCUUCAUCUUUAUUUUUCCUCUUUCCUUUUUUCUUUCUUUCUUUCUUUUUGACUUUUCUUUCUUUCUUUUUCUUUCUGUCUUUCCUUUACCUUCUUGUUUCUCUCUUUCUCUACCUUUGUUUUUUCUUCCUUUCUUUUCUUUCCUUAUCUAAAUUUUUUCUUUCUUUCUUUCUUUCUUUCUUUCUUUUUUUCUUUCUAUCUUUCUUACCCUCCUUUACCUUCUCUUGUUUCUCUCCUCUUAUCCCUUCCUUUCUUUCCUUCCUUCUCUUUAUUUUUUUUCUCACCCCUCUUUCCUUUCUUUGAAGUAUUUGAAGAUAAAAUGACUCGGCAUGUUUUCACAGCACGUUUUCUUUGUAUUUCUGUGCAGUUGCACAAUUCUGCUCAUAACACGUUAUUAUCCUAUUCUAAUAAACAUAACUGAGGUUGGGGCUCUAAAGACUUCUCUCUCUCUUUCUGACUCGAACUCGACUCUUUGUGUUUUGUGCCCGCUAUAAUUCACUGAUUGCCCUCUUGGAGUACUCCGCGCUCGGGUUCCUGGAAAGAAGCUGAGUGAGUGUUAGGCGAGGCGGGGAUCCAAAUCACAGUCUGUGUGACCUCAGCUCACAGCUCUGUGUUCUCAUCCGUUACUAUAGCGUUCCCCUUGCUAUUUACUGUAAAUAAACACAGUCUUUAAUGAGCUGGGCCCAUGUAUCACCGCUGAUUUUCUGUGGACAUAAUUUUGGCCUGUCAGAGGAGAAUUAACGACCAUGUUGAGAAGGAAGAAGUUUAUAUUUGGGCAGUCUUUUGUUUUAGGGAAUCAGGCUGGUGAAAGAUGCCGGCUUGGAGACGGUUAAUUUUCUAAGGUGGACACUGUGGAUUUUUCUUCAUCAUAGAGGUUUUGCACGAACAAUGGGUGACUUUAUCCAGCCAGAAUACACAAUAACAAGGAAAUCCAUUGACAUUAGAAAAACCUCUGGUGCUUUGUUUCUUCUUUGGGUCUUUGUCUUUGGAGCAUAAUUGUGUUUGCUGAGCAGUAUAAGUUUUGUGGUCGGAGCAUCCUGGACGAAGGUUGCUCCUGCGGUCAUGAUUGAUUGGAUGGGACUCUGUCUGACUGUGCGGGGGACCGGCAAAGAUGACGAAUCAGUGUCUGAUUUAAUGAGCAGCCAAACUAAAGAAAACUGAGUCUCUGUUGCUGAACUGUGAACAAGGCCACUGGUGUUCACUGCCAUGGUUUUCCACAGCCUUUUUCCACUUAUUUCUUCCUUCGUUUGAACAUUUAUUACGAAUCGUGUCAUUCAAUAAAUUGUGUUUUUGAAUUCGACAGGCUUUAACCGUUUCCAUGUGAGUAAAUCCUGACCAGAAAAUAUGCAGCAAUGUCAUAGCCAAGAGUUAUUUGUCGAAUUCAAAGAUGGAUUUUGUUUUUUAGCAACAAUGUUUAAUUUGGAUUAAGUAUUUAGUAUUGUAGUACUCAGUGUGUUAACUGUCAUCCUUUUUGGAUUUAGCUGCUGGUCAUUUACCUCCUUGAAACACCUUUGAAUCUGUUUUAAUCUCCUGAACACUAAACAGUCUGUGUUUACAGUGUAGUUUACAAAAUUACAAAAUUGUCAUUACUUGACACAGAAACAAAAAGAAACUCCCUCUUCCUUUCAGCUCCUUCAAGACAACUACAGAUCAAGACCUCUACAACACCCAGUCAUCCACUGUUUCAGCACGAUUUAAGUGUUUACCUCUCGGUCUAUAAUUAGACCCUGCUUGACAUUUAAAUGUAGACAUUUAACUGCUGAGUAAGCCGGCUAUCCAACCAAAUUUAGCCGAGAUGUCUGCAGAUGUAGUUACUGACUUUAGGUAGCAGAAUUCUAGUUAUUGAACCUCCAAGAUUUUUUAUUCUAAAACUACGAAGUGCUCAAUAUCUAUGUUGAUCACAAGUUUAUUCGAAUUCACUCUGGGCAAAGACGAGUUAGCACAAAAACCCAAAUGUGUCUCUUAGCCUUGCUCAGCAGUUCAGCAUCUGUCUCCUCUCCUUAUCUGUCCUCUUCAUCCAGGAAGUGACCCACUGGGAAAUGAGCAGCGAGCAGGUCGUAACCCCUGAUCGAGGCUUCGGCAGCCCCACUGGUGUGUCGGCUCCGGGGUUGUAAAGAUUACAGCUGCUCCAGCUGAUGUCUGUUCUCCCCGUGCGCUGAAAGAGGAGCUGUGAAACCGAGCCCCCUCCUUUGUUGUCGUGUUGUCGGCCAUGUGUUUUGCAUUAUACCAGGUGUCCUCUAUGUUUGACAGCCAAUGCAAGAUUCUCCACCGUGCAUAAGAAGCUCAUAAAUCAAGUUUGCACAGAAAUGGAAAAUCCUCUGGCUUGUGUAAUAGUUUAUUCCUUACAAAGUGUUUUGGUGUCCUUACAGAGCAGUAGACGUGUAAACACUGUCUGCGUGUUUGGAUUGCAUCAGCGACUUUGAGCCGCAGCACUUUGAUUACUGUAAACUGAUGAUAUGUUUGCUUUUUUUUAGUGGAAGCAUGCAUGAGCUGACACUUUGAACAUCUGCACAGCUACACAUGAUCCAGAUAUGCCAUCAAUUAUUGUGGCUGGAUUCCCAGAGUGCACCUGUCUGCUUACAGGAAAGACUUUUGUAACUCCUGAUGCCUCAUGCACAGCUGUGUGAAGGAUCCUGUGGAGGCUCAUAACAAGUUUCAGUCAUGAACCUCAGGGAUCUCCAGGAGCUCUAGAAACUGAGGUUAUGUUUAUGUGUGUGAUGCAAGACUCCACAAAGAGAUUAUUCCCACAAUUUCACAGUUUUCCUAUUUUGUAUUUCCCACAUCACUCCCUUUCUUCUGAGCUUUGGCAAGAGUUCACUGAAAGUCACGAAUAUUUGAUUGCGUGUUUAUGAAAAGAUGCCUCGCUGUUAAACACUUAUAAAGUUUAUUGACUUUAACGUUUUUAUUCCUGGGAACACAUAUUCAACGUGAGAUUAAUGAACAAAUUUCCGAGAGCUGAAGUAAAGUAUUGGCCGGUUUGUUGAUCGUGAGAGGUUUUGAUUUCAUCUGUGUUGACAGUCCAGACCAUAGACAGCCAUCUGUGUCUGUGGAGGCAUUAGAGUGAGUGUGUGUGAGUGUGUUUCCACCGAACAGUCUGCUUCAUUUGGGUUCAGUAUGGUAGGCAAUUAUUAGCAUUUCCACUGUCAAACGUUCGGAAAAGUACAGAAGUAACCGAUCCGGACCGUCUCACUUUUUGGCGCACUCCUGCUUGGAGGUAUCAUACAGGUGUCUGGGUCGGUCUUGUUCAAAAACAGAUCUUUGGUUUCAUGCUGACACCGGUUGAGCUGUGAGAGGGACACCGAGAUGGAUGCAAAGGGAGCAAAACACUGAACAAGAUAAAGUAUUUCCUGUAGCCUUCUUUUGCGAGAUACGGGUCCUGGAUGCAAAGGGGACAUUUGUAAGAUUCCUUGCGCACACCAGCAGUUUCAAAAGUCUGACCACCUGUUAGGAUCAUAGACUGUAUAUAGAAUGGACGCCGUUAGUUACUGUAAGACUGGUUUGUCCUCAAGUCCUCUUUUUUCUGUACAGCUCCAUUUUUAAAAGUUAUUAGGGGGUUUAUGAUUGACACUUGAUACAGCCUAUGGGGGUACAAAUAUUGCAUAGCUCACCAGGGGGAUACGCUGUUUGAGCCGAGCAUCAUCAUGGAGACUCUCAGCGACUCUCCCGCAAAAUGCGUAGAACGCUACUGCGCAAUGUUGGUUUCAGGAAGUGGAGAAAAAUCGCAGAAAUACCGGCGGAAGGCAAAACCAAGUUGUCCAUAGUUUAUACAGUCUAUGGUUAAGAUGCACACAGACAUGGAAAUCAGUUGGCUAAGGAGAUGUAAGCAAGAUCAGGGUGUGCUGAACCAUACUGGGCUACUUGGUGGAAACACGCCAUGUAAAGCCCAACGCUGGUGAUCAUUGUACAGGUGGAGUUGAAGCAGGACUUAAGCCACCAAACGAACAUUGAUAAUGACUCCUCUGUUGGUCAUAUCAGCUACAUUGACUAGUCUGCACAACUAUUGGCCUACAUGGUGGUCUGACUUGGACUGUCGAUGGGAUGCUGUUUGUAUUUUGGCCUGUGAGGUAGCGGUGUCAUUGGGGUCGGGAGAAAAUCAACAUCAUAGGAGUAUCAUAGUCAAAAGCCUGUUUUUGCAGCGCUUGCCUCUACUCUCGACGGUAAACGUCUUGUUCUCUGAGGUUGGUCCGGGGUUGGGAAUCCUCCCCUCUAACUGAAGUUGUUGAACUGAGCUUUAACAUUCAACGGUCAUUAAAAAUCCUUUUGUACCAAUAACAACGAGUCAAGCUGUUGACUUUGGCACCAGAACUCAAACUGAGACCUCGAGGAGCCCAACGGUGCUGCCUUUUGAAUCUAUCAAAGAAUUACCUCAUCUAUUAAAAAGCACUCGAACUGGACGUGCGUAGAAGUCUUGGCACUAACUGGCCUUGGCUCUUAAUAGCUUGAUAAAUGACGGUCAUGUGAUUGACCGGCGUUCUGAUUGUCAAAGUCAUAGAUCACACUCUUUAUGUCGCCAUGUUGAAAAACAGCGAUUUCUUCGUAUAGCGAAUGUGAAGUAAGCUUCAUUCCAGGUGCAUGAAACCAUACCACCACCACCCCCCCUCCGCCCAACCUUUCCACACACACAGACGCACACUUCCUGAACUGAAAAUGAAACGCAGCUGUGUUCCCGUCAGCGCAGAGGAUCUCGCCACUCAUCUGUCAUGAAAGAUAUCCUCGGAAAAAUAUUCCACAAGUGUCCCCCGUUCGCUGAGGCCUUUGAGUUUGACUCCAGAGUCAACUUAAAGUGAACGAGAAAAGUAAAAGGUGUGGAUAUUCAAAAGAGUAGUGUUUAUACAUACUUGAUUUUAGUAUUCCUGAGUUAAAACCAUGAGAAGUUUUUCCGUCACUGGGACUUAGCAAAGAGGAGAGAGACAUCGCCUGAAUAAGGAGGAAGUUUGCUGAGUGAAGGCUGAGUUCAGGAAAAUAAGCAUGUCGCUAAGUGUAAACAAGUCAGCGGGGGGGGAUUGUUUUUGUGUCCCCUACCCCCUCGCCACCCAGACCCCGAGGGAGCAGCAGGACUCUUUAAUGUAGACUCCAGGCCUGUUUGUCCAGAUGUUGGAUUUCUGGACAUGGAGAGUCCCCAGAUAACACCAAACUCUACCCACGUGUCCCUUUUAGACCUUUCAGCUCUGGAAAAAUGUAAGUUAUGCUGAAAAAUGUGAUGAAUUAUAUGAUAUUGUUUUCACACAGGGAUCCAGGAGGCCACCCAGUGCACUAAGUGUAAGAAUGAAUGGGCGCUGAAGACCUCCAUCGCUCUGCUCUACGUGCUGUGUACCCUCCUCACCAUCGCUGUCGCUGUGCUGGGAUAUAAAGGUAAGACUGAUGAAGGAGCCGCUCUAGAAUUGAAAAUUUGUUUCAUACCAGCUGAAAUAAGCCAGAGUGAAGCCUCAGUGUAAUUUACUAUCUACAGUGAAACUACUGUCACUUCUCUUGGGGAUUUUCUCGUCUACCUCCUUUUAUUUCAUGUACUUUCUAAUACAAAUGAAGGCAGAAAUCACCAUUUUUACCUCAAAAAACUUCAACCUCCUCCUCUCUUGGUUUCUCCCCUCAACCUCUUCUCAGUUUAUUUUACCAACACUCCCAAAGUUCACACCUCGAGGGAGGGUCCCCAGGCUUUUUGGAACCGAACUCCCUGGUCUGCUUUUUUCACAUUCUUCCAGAUCGUAGAAACGGUCUCGAUGUCUUUUGCAGAACUGAACUCUGAAUGUUCCUGAAAUAAUUGUGUUAAUCGCUCCAGUGUGCGACCUUCAUGUCCCCUUCUUGUUUUCAGUUGUUUCAGUUGCUCAGGGGUUAUCUGUGUGUCCCGAGUAUACGUGAACAACGAUGUCCCCCUCGCUCUCUGAGCUCAGUCCGUCCCGCUCGUUCCAUGGUUCAUGUUUUCACGCAGGCCUAAUUGAUGCCAGAUGAGCAGCGAGUGAACUCAGUGCAACUCCAGCAGAACCCUCUGAAAUUGGGUUUUUACUGGCACCGGAGCACUGCUCUGUCAGGGGAACCACAGCUCAGCCUAAACACACUCCCAGCUCCAGAUGGUUAUGUAGUGAGACCCAGUGCGCUCUAUGCACUUAACAUGUGUGCCUCUCUCUGUCCUCCAUCACUGACCCACAGAGAAACAGCCUCUAUGUGGCUCUUUUGUUUGGAUGCAAUUUAACCAUGGACAUUUGGCAGGGACUUGGUGACCUCUUGUCAUCUCCCCUGUAGCUUGUUGUCUUGAUAGACACGAGCAAAGGCAACAUGAGGUCACUCCCAGGGCUCUGGAGGAUUUAAAUCCCAUUCAUUCUCCUCAAAGACUAAGAAAAACAAAUGGAGAAGGCUAUGACUUAUGCUUUCUCCUCACUCCCUUUUGUGAGCACGUCCUUUUUUCUCAGAGAAAACUGGUGUUAAAUAUGACCCAGCGAAAAGUGCCUGGCAGAUACCACUGAUGAAAAAUUCUUCAUCUGAAUUAUUUCACUCAUGUACUCCAGGAACUUGCCAAUUACUCACUCACCUCAAAGCAGGAAAGCAAGGUUGUCGGACUUCUUCCACAACUUGAAAUAAACUGCUUGAACAAUUGAAACCAAUAAAUUUGCAACUGUGGUGAGCAGUCAAGAGUAAAUCCCUAAAAUGCCGCUCAAUGAGAAUUUCAUCUCUCUUGAAUCAUCUCUGAAAUUUCCUGUCUUGCAUUCGCUGUAGGUGAUGGAAUUCACUUUUUCCAAUUCACUUGAACUCUUGCCACCCAUCGACAUAGUCGAAGAGCACUCCACAAAGUCCAUUUGACAGUCUGAAUUUCCUGGGAGUUUGCUACGCAUUCGAACAUACUCGAGGCAAAGGAUCAGGCAAUUUUAAAACGCAAGGAAUAGAGACAACACCUCGGUUUACUAGGGAUGGGUGAUAAAUUAUCAUUCAUGAUAUAUUGUCAGAAAAAUCCUCCAUGAUAAAUAUUUGCCAUCUCAUGAUAAAUAUAAUAAAUGCAAGUUGAUGGCAUAAGCAUGAGUGACGGACUCACAGCCAUGGCCCACACAGAGCAGAAUAACAAACAGGGCCGAAGAUAAUGAAGAAGACGUUUCUGAGCAGCUUGUUACUGAACGAGGCUCCGCAUGAGGGAUUUCCUUUUAAGAUUUCCCCUAAAUGUUGAAAUUAUUUUCACAUUUGAGACUCGUUUGAUGUCAUUAGUUUUCUCCAUAACCUAACACUUUAACUUGUGGUUAAGAUGAGUCAAAAAUAUAGAUUGGAAUUAUAAUAUUUUUUACCUGGACUUUCAUUGUUAUCGCCAGAAUGUCAACUCUUAUCGUGAUAAAUUUUUUAGCCCAUACCGCACAUCCCCACUGUUCACUCAAGGGCCUGUUUAAUAGCUAAGGUUCAACCACAGGUCGCGUCUCAAUAACCUGUGAGACAAAAUCUUGGGUGAAGAAAGCCCACAAAUGUCUCUUCCAAAAUAAAAGAAUUCUUGAUAACAGUAUUAUUGUGUUGGUCUCCUGCUCUGGAGCUGGAUUGUGAUAGUUGGACAGCCAGAGGACAAUACAAACAGAGAUUUAAGUGCAUUAAAUAAUGUGUGACUAAAAAAAUGUAGGUGAGGCCAAAAACAGUAAAACACAAAGUACAUUCAUCUUGUUUUAUAGUUAGUUUAGAGUUCUGGGGGAGGAAAACUGGUAUUUGAUACAACAGUCUGUGAAUAAAUUAAAUCUCAUUUUUCAUGAAAACCAUGGCUUCAAGUCCUGGGUUCAUGUGUCAUAUCUAUCUGCUCCAAUAUGGUUUUACACCCCACUUAUUCUAUAACUGUUUUUACUAUCUCAGACUUUAUAUGAAUAAGGAAGUUGGAUUUUUACAAGACAGCCUUGGAAGUUUCAAGAACCACCCACACAAGAACUGGAAAGAGUUCAAACUGGGCACAAAACAGUUCACUUUCACAAUAUUUGGAAACAUAGAGGGUUCCUGCCAAAGUAGCGCUUUCCUCAGCUCCCCUGCUUGUUUUAUGGUUAAUGUUGCCACAGUGUGAUGCAAAGAGUCUCUCUGGAGGCCAAUACAUGGACAGAGCGUGUGGAAAUGUCCACAUGUGAAACUUUGCUUGUGUUAGUUUUAGUGUUAGUUUCCAUUUCCAGGCUGGUGUAGGUCUAAGUUUUUGUGUCAGAGUGAGCAGAUGAUGUAUCCUGUGAUUUAAGGUGUCUCUGCGAUGAUAAAUUAUAUUUUCCUCUUCUGGAAAGGUGUCUCAUACAGCUCAACAUUUGUAGUACUUCUGGUCCAAUUUCUCAAAAUAAUGUGGAAAGCUGUUGAAAAUGUUUCAGGUGACACUGGUUUCCAUUGUUGUAUCUCUUCCAUCAGACAGAUGUAUGAUACGAUACGAUACAAUAGGAUACGAUGUGAUACAAUACAAUGUGAUACGAUAUGGUACGAUACAAUAAAAUACGAUACAACACCAUAUAAUAUGAUAUGAUAUGAUAUGAUAUGAUACAAUACAAUAUGAUAAAAUAUGAUGUGAUACGGUACAAUACAAUACAAAAUGAUAUAUGGUACAAUACAUUAUAUAAUGAUAUAAUACAAUAUGAUACAGUAUGUUACCAUAUGAUACAAUAUGAUACGAUACAAUAUAUAUUCAAUGAUACAAUACAAUACAAUAUAAUACAAUAUAUGAUAUGAUGAUACAAAAGGAUACACUGUGUUACAAUUGGAUAUGAUAUGAUGUGAUUUGAUAGGAUAAGAUUUGAUACGAUACAAUACAAUACAAUACUACAGUAUAUGAUACAAUAUCAUAUGAUACGAUACAAUACGAUAUGAUAUGAUACAAUACGAUGCAAUACAAUAUCAUACGAUACGAUGCAAUACGAUAUGAUACGAUAUAUGAUAUGAUAUGAUACAAUACGAUACACUGCGUUACAAUUGGAUAUGAUAUGAUACAAUAUGAUACGAUGAUAUAAUACGAUAAAAUACAAUACGAUAUGAUACAGUAUAUAAUAUGAUAUGAUACGAUAUGAAACGAUGCGUUACGAUACGUUAGGAUACACUGCGUUACAAUGAGAUAUGAUAUGAUGUGAUAUGAUAUGAUAUGAUAUGAUACGAUUUGAAAUGAUACAAUACAUUGUGUUACAAUUGGAUACGAUAUGAUACAAUACAAUACCAUACCAUACCAUAAAAAUCAAAAAAAAGAAUAUUCCCUUAAAAUGUUUGAAGUUUAACACAGAUGGCAGAAUACUAACUUACUACCAUGCUGUGAAAUUAAGGGCUGCUUGUAGUGCCAGUCUGCCAUAAAUAAAAGUCUGUGUCUUCAUUUGGAUGGAUUGAUGGACUUAUUCCAGCUCAUCUCUGGUGAUCUGACCUCUCGAGGUGACCGACCUGUUGUUUUAACUGCUGGAGCGAACAGCUGGGAUGCUGCUUCCCAGCAGAGGAGCCCAUAGAGUUCAUAGUGGACGGAUGUUUCCCCCUGGCGAAGCUGGUGGUAGAAGUGGGCUGAUUCCCCGGAAUCCCAGACACAUUCCAGAGGAAAUGAACGCUGGUGUCGCCUGUGGGGGCGUGAAGAGCCUCCCUGGCACAGCGUCUGUCUCCUUUGGGCUGUCUUUGAUCCGCCUGUUUACUGAGGACCCCCCCUAGGUCACUUCCUGUUCCUUAGGGCGCUUGCCAGUGUCUCCCCGUGCAACUCCAGCUGCUGCGUCUGUCAUUGACCACCCACCCCAUCCCUGCUGAAUCAACGCUUCCACCUCCCUAACUCAUUCUCUUUUGCAAUCCUUCCUCCUUCUCUGUCUCUUACCUUAGAUUAAAUAUCACUCCAACUCAAAAUUCCACUUUUCCUACCUUUCUCCACCUUAGUCAUACUCUGAUUCUCUCCUAUCCCAAGAGAUUAUACUAAUCGAGCCCAGCAUUAUUACAUGCCUACAAGAUACAUAGACACAUCUCUUAUAUGUGUGUCUGUCGGUAAUUUUUAUUGGUUUCCUCGCUGAUCCCUUUUAUAUACAAUGUCUGUGGUUUCAGGCGAUUCUGGUCUGGUAAUAACGGAAGGAUCCAGUGAUCAGACAAUGAUGCUAACCUUUGUCCUACCUGCUCUGUUUUUCUUUCAGUCGUACAAAGAGUCGACAGUGUCUCUGAAGGUAUUGCAAACUAUGGAGGGAAGAUUAUUGCCGUUGAGACUGACUUGAAAAAGCUCGGUAAGACCCAUGUCUCUGGGUUUAACAUGGGGCAAAAGCUACAGGAGGCUGGUACAUUUUUGUAAUCUAUGAAACAAAUCUCUGUCUUCAGAUGAUCAAGCAGGGGAAAAGUCAGAAAAUACCACCACAGAGAUCCAGGCUUUUAAGAACAACAUCUGGAGUCUCCAGAGGCAGCUGUCUGCGGUGGAGGAACGCAUCCACAGCGAUCAAGUAAAGCUGAGUCAGCUGCAGAACAUUGACUCAGACAUUCAGAACAGCCAGGGCUCAAUUCAGGGAUUGCUGCAAAGCAAUACAGCCACCUUGCACUCUGUGAACGGCACCUUACAGUCCUAUGGCAGCAUCAUUGAGGGUCUGCAGGACGACACGGCGAGGAUGCAGAGAGAACUCCAGCAGCAGGUGAAACUUCAGGAUCAGGCGCUGCUCAGCAUCAGCAGACUGAACUUCACCCAGGCGCAGCAGAGGGGUUUCAUCAAUGUUUUGCAGCGCUCAGUGGAUGACACCAGCCAGGCCAUCCAGAAAAUGCGCAAUGACUUUCAGAGCAUGGAGCAGACGGCCAGACAAGCCCGGGCUGAUGCUGAGUGGCUCCGUAACCGAGUGGAGAACCUUCAGGUCAUGGCUAGUAAUCUAUCAGCUCUCGCAAAGGCAAACAAUGACAGCCUGGACGAGGUCGGAUCACAGCUUGUCUUUAUGGCCAACCAGCUCCAGAACACCAGCAGCCUGGCUGAUGCUCAUGACCAGACCCUGAGGGAGGUUCUAGACCAGCAAAGGGACUUCAGUAACUUUACAUCCAUCAAGUUUGACCGCCUGGAGGUGCGGCUGGACGAGACGGAGCAGAGUAUGGACCGUGUGACCGGCAACAUCAGCUUCACCACACAGCUCCUGGGUGCCAUCAACAUUAACCUGAACGGGUUACGCACUUGUUCCGAGACGGUUGGCCGUCACUCCGACAUCUUGCUAAUCCUUAACAGCAGCAUGACAGAUGCCAGGACUGAUGCAACGAGUCUGAAGGCCCAGCAGGAGGAGCUGGCAGCACGUUUGGACAAGGAAGUCACCAACCUUUCUAUUGUUAUGGAGGAGAUGAAGCUGGUGGAUACCAAGCACUCACAGCUGAUCACCAACUUCACCAUCUUACAGGGUGAGCAAUGAGGGGCACAAAGACACAAGAUCUAUCUCACUUAAAGGUGGGGUGGGCAGGAUCAGAGGAAGUGCCGGUUUUUGGGAGAAAUCUUGAAUGUAAACACUACCCCUUCCAACCAGUUUUCCCCUCAGCUCUCUCUCACCAAUAACCGAUUGCUAUUGACUGAUAUUAAAACCUUUUUUGUAUAUACACCACAAAAAAGAUGCUUCUUUAACGGAAUCCUGCCGACCCCACCUUUAAGCACAAAAAUAAAGCGAUCAUUCGACUGGCCCAUCAGAGGCCAGUGACAGGAUAACCAUUCCCCUCAAAAUGUUUCACAAUCAAAAACUUGAAAAAUGUCAAAAACUUUGUCUCUUCAUUCACAGUAUGUCUUAUUUCUCAGGACCUCCUGGACCCAGAGGGCCAAGAGGGGACAAAGGACCUCAGGGACCAGCUGGCCAGCUUGGCCAGAAAGGUGAAAAAGGGGAAAAGGGUCCACCAGGAGUAAGAGGACCCCGAGGAGAGCAGGGUAUUCCAGGGGCCCCAGGUCUGCCAGGGUUGAAGGGUCUUCCUGGCGUACCUGGCAGCCCUGGUUCGAAGGGCUCACGAGGGUCAGGGGGUAGGGCUGGACCCCCUGGAACUAAAGGAGAGCCGGGAACUGCUGGCCUUCCUGGGAGAGAUGGACAGCCAGGUCCCCAGGGAGCGCAGGGUCCACCAGGUAUUAGAGGUGCAAUGGGACCAGCUGGGGAGCAGGGGCCAAGGGGACUACCUGGACCAGUAGGGCCUCCAGGGCCAACAGGUCCCCCAGGACAGCCAGGAAUCCCAAUCAGGGUUCCAUUAGUUCCUCUGGGACCAGUUUCCCUGCAGGAUGAAGCAAUAGCUCCUACCCUGUGGGCCCCAGGUAGGACUUUACCCAUGAGGCUUUGAGCUAGACUGAACAUAAUUGAAUUUGUCAGUAAAACGCCAACAGAAAUAAUCUCUGAGUGUAUUUUAAACUCACAGAUGAACAUGUUUGACUUUGUUUUACAGGCUGCCCCUCAGAGUGGUCGAAUUACAGAGAUAGAUGCUACUUCUUCUCCAAAGACCUGCACAGUUUUGAUGACGCGAAGGCAACUUGUGAGUCAAAGUCGGCUUCAUUGGUGAUCAUAAAUGAUCUCGAGGAACAGGUAACUAGAACGACUGUUUAUUUAAAGUAACAGGAAAAUAUUCUCUGUAAAGACAGAAAGUUGUGACCGCUCUGUCAUUUGUCCUCAUGUGACCUUAGAAAUGGCUGAAGAAGCAGACCUUUGGAAAGGGCUACUUCUGGAUGGGUCUGACUGACAGGGAGGAGGAGAACGUUUGGCGCUGGCUGGACGGGAGUGAACCAGCGUUCACGUCAGUAUCAAAUUAAAAAUUCUUCACUUAUAGGGACAUCUUAUCCUGUGUGAAUGUAAGAGGUGUUCCAGGGAUUGGUAUUUCGUUUCAGAACAUUUCCAAACACGUCAGCUGCAGAUAGCGGGACUUAAUAGUCCCACAGGUUAUAAAAUCUCCUCUACGGUAACUUCCUCUGAGUGAUUACCUUGACCUGCAUGAACACUCUGCUCCUCUCACUCUGUUUCACAUUCAUAGACCUUUAUUUGUUUUGAGUGGUUCAAUUACAGAAGUCCUCUUUUUCCAAGGGUACACAAAUCCAACAAUUGGACAAACAAAGCAGAAAAUUUACAUUAGGAGUUCACUCAUGAACAAAUCAACUCUUGUAAAACCUUAGUGGACCCCAGAGAUCUGCACACAUGGUCUUAAUUAGAAUGAAAAAUGUCAAAGAAAUCUGAUAAUCUAACUUCAGUGUUUUCUCGCUGAGUCCUUUUUCCUCUGCUGAGACUUUCUACCACGCUUCGAUCUGAUGUGUGAACGCCCCCUGUUGUUCAACUGCAGGAAAUGGAAGCCGGGUCAGCCUGAUAACUGGGGCCACGGGCAUGAAACAGGAGAAGACUGUGCGGGGCUCAUCCAUGAGGGGUUAUGGAAUGAUUUCUUCUGUGAAGAUCUCAUAAGCUACAUCUGUGAGAAGGACAUGGAAACCUGUACGUCUGUUUUCUGUCUUUUUUUAAUAUCCAAAGUUCUGUAAGGAGUGUUUGAUAUUUAAUGAUUUUGUUUGCUUUCCUGCAGCAAGAUCGUCGGGAUCAUAGCGAUGUCUCGAGACGGAGCUUGCAGUGAGCAGCUAGACUUCCCCAUGUGGCACUGGUCCACUGCCGCAGCACAUGGAGAGUCCGUACGGAGAGAGCAAAGGGACAAUCUUGAAAUGAGCCAAGGGCUGCAGCAGAUAUUGCUCCAAAGCUUGAGAUGCCUUUCUCUUCCAAAGUAAGCCCUGUCAAACUUUACCAGCAAGUGCAAUACAGCGGGGCGACCAAAGAAGGAGGACUUUAACCAUCAUUAGAUUGAUAUAAAUCUAAAUAUUUGUACGGUUAUUUGAAGUACAUUUUAUAAAUCUGUAUUCCAUGUGCAACUGAAUAUCUGAAUGUAUAUUUCAUUAUGCAAGUUUUGUAGGACAUUAUAAAUUCUAUGAAGCCAAGAGGACUUACCCUCGUACUUUUCAUAAAAAAUGUAAGCGGAGAGGUGCAAAAUGAUGCGCAAAACACUAAAUGUCGCUGAUAUGCUGUCUUCUAUGAGGAACCUGUUAUUUUACCUCAUGAAUGUCUAUAUAGCAUUUUCAUUUUUACCAGUAAAAAAACCUAUUUACACAUAACUGCAAAGAAUUGUAAUAAAUCACAGUCAGCUUGAGUUCUGCUUCAAGACUGCGCGUUUACAGUUUCAUAAUCCCUGUGACGUGCAGUAUUUUGUGAUUAUGAAAUUAAAGAGCUGCUGGUAUGUUUAGGAGUAUGAAUCUGUGGGUCCUAGCUACAAGUACGAAAUGUGCCAUUUUCUGCUCUCAGGUCCUGUAAAGAAAAA